UUGCUGUGUGCUGCUGCCCAUCUACACAAUUAUCAGCCUGGGAAAGUUUAAGCAUAUUAAGACUUCUGCCGCCAAAGGUAAACAUUGAGCAGCUGUAUACAAUGACAACAUGUAGAGUGUCUGGGGAGUUCAGUUGUCUUGGAUGCAGUCUCACUUCAGUCAGCCAGAGAAGCAGAGAGGACAGGACCAACACCCAGCUGAGAGAAACCCGACAUCCUCACUUCGACCUCAGGAGUUCCAGUGGAGGACCCACAUGGCAGCCCUGGCAGCUCUUUGCUUGCUGCUGGUGUUUCCACUGAGCAGCACCCAGAGCACCCUGCGGUCUGAGCAGGGGAUCAAUGCCCAUCAGGCCCCGGCAGCGCCGCCGCCGCCUCCUCCUCCACCACCACCACACAUACGGGACCUAUUCAGAAAAGAGGAAACCACUCAUUUAAAUGCAAUGCAGACGUAUGCCCAUGUAGACCAAGAUAAUGCCAAAGUGGGUCUCUUCAUCGCUGCUGCCAUGGGAACCUUCGUUCUGAUGGCUGCAGUGUACUGUAUCUACAACAAGUUCUACACCAAACAUCAGUACCUGCACACCCAUCUUAACGACGACUCAGAUUUAACUACAGACCCCAGUGGCCCUCCCCCUGUGUUUUUCCACGGCUCUUCUGGCUCCAGUGCGGUAGAUGUGCAGAGAGCUGGUUAUGGCUCGCUCUCAGACACUCCAUCCAUCAUCUCUAUGCCACCCAGCCUGUCCCCUCCUCCCUGUGCCAUGCCCUUCCCUCCCCUCUUCCUCUCCUCUCAAUCUCUGAGAACUAUAUCAGCCAAGGAUCUGGAGAAGAGCUGUAUCUGAUACUGAGACUUUUGAAUGACAGUAAAAAAAAAGUAGUUAUUUGAAUGUGCACAUUGUUUUUCAAUACCUAUACACAUCAGUUUUAUUUUUUGCAGGCAAAUGGAUUAGCACAUACAGCCCUACAGUAGGACACAACAGUAGGAAAAUGCAGAAGAAUUAAUUUUUUUUAGCAACAUUUGGUGGUAGUCCUGUGCUGUGAUAGCAGAAGUAUCUCAUCCACCUGCUGCAAUUGCCAAAUCUGUCAGUUACCAUUGUCCACCAUAGACCCCCUGACCUAUUGCCCCUUCACUGCCCAUAACCACCACCAAAUAUGCCUCAAACAUUUGCCUGUGCAUCACAACCAUUGCUAUAGUCAUUAACUAGAUCUUUCCUGCACCUUAUCAAAUACUACCCAUCCUUUCAGUAGAUGUCCAGUAUGGAACAAGAAACAAUAAACUGU